GCGAUCCCCGCCCCUGCCCCUCCGUCACUGCCAAGAUGGCACCGGUCGCAGCGGCGGCGGCCGCGGCGGCUGGAGCCAGAGAAGGAGGCGGAGGCAGCAGCGGCUGCGAGGGGAGGGGGAGUCCCGUCUGACUGAGACGGCAGGCCUGGGCGGGCGGGGGUGCCGCGCAGGGCGGAGCGCCGGGCUGGGGAUGAGCUAAGCGGGUUCAGAGCGCCGCGGCAUCCAGCCCCUCGUGUCCCGCCGCCGUCGGGAGGGGACAGUGCACCACUCUCCAAGCUCGACCCGUUGCUCGCGCUGGAGCCAGCGGUGAGUCUUUCUCAAAUUCUGAGGCUUGCAGAAUUCACAAAUUGAGAUUUGGCAUCAUUUUCAGAGAAAGACCUUCAGUAAUGUAUGUAACCUUCUGUAAUGGAAGAUGAUUGAAGAUAAGGGGCCUCGUGUUGCUGACUACUUUGUUGUAGCUGGAUUAACUGAUGUUUCAAAGCCUCUGGAAGAAGAAAUUCACUUCAAUGAUGCCUGUCAUAAAGUAGCUAAACCAAAAGAACCUAUUACAGAUGUUGCAGUUAUUAUUAAAUCUCUUGGGGAGGAAGUGCCACGGGAUUAUAUCUGUAUUGAUGUUACUCCAACUGGAUUGUCAGCUGAUCUCAAUAAUGGAAGUCUUGUGGGGCCACAGAUUUACCUUUGCUACAGAAGAGGAAGAGAUAAGCCUCCACUUACAGAUCUGGGGGUUUUAUACGACUGGAAAGAAAGAUUGAAACAAGGGUGUGAAAUUAUUCAGAGUACUCCGUAUGGACGCCCUGCAAAUAUUAGUGGCAGUACCUCAUCACAAAAAAUUUAUAUCACUUACCGAAGAGCCUCUGAAAACAUGACUCAGAAUACGUUGGCUGUCACAGACAUAUGUAUUAUCGUACCCAGUAAAGGAGAAAGCCCACCACACACAUUUUGCAAAGUCGACAAGAAUCUCAAUAACAGUAUGUGGGGAUCAGCAGUGUACUUAUGUUAUAAAAAAUCAGUGGCAAAGACUAACACUAUAUCUUACAAAGCUGGUCUAAUUUGUAGAUAUCCUCAAGAAGAUUAUGAGUCUUUCUCACUCCCAGAAUCUGUUCCCCUGUUUUGUUUACCAAUGGGUGCAACUAUUGAAUGUUGGCCACCAAAUAGCAAAUACCCUCUCCCUGUUUUUUCUACAUUUGUGUUAACUGGAGCCUCAGCUGAAAAGGUCUAUGGUGCUGCUAUUCAGUUUUAUGAACCAUACUCUGAGGAAAAUCUCACAGAAAAACAGAGACUUCUCUUGGGUUUAGCAUCAUCAGCAGAUGGGAAAUCUGAUAGUUCCAAAACAAUUCACACUAAUAAAUGCAUCUGUCUUCUUUCUCACUGGCCUUUUUUUGACGCAUUCAGGAAGUUUCUGACUUUUCUGUAUCGUUAUUCUAUCUCUGGACCUCAUGUCCUUCCAAUUGAGAAGCAUAUUUCUCAUUUUAUGCAUAAAGUUCCUUUUCCAUCUCCUCAGAGGCCGCGGAUUUUAGUUCAGUUAUCACCACAUGAUAAUCUGAUUCUCAGUCAACCUGUUUCUUCACCUCUUCCACUAAGUGGUGGCAAGUUUUCAACACUACUUCAAAAUUUAGGCCCUGAAAAUGCUGUGACACUACUUGUGUUUGCAGUAACAGAACAUAAGAUUCUCAUCCAUUCCCUACGCCCUUCCGUGCUUACUAGUGUGACAGAAGCAUUAGUGUCUAUGAUUUUCCCUUUCCACUGGCCAUGCCCAUAUGUUCCUCUCUGCCCACUGGCUUUAGCAGACGUCUUGAGUGCACCAUGUCCAUUCAUAGUAGGAAUUGAUUCAAGAUACUUUGAUCUCUAUGACCCUCCACCAGAUGUCAGUUGUGUUGACCUAGACACCAACACCAUUUCUCAAACUGGUGACAAGAAAAAUGUAGCCUGGAAGAUACUUCCAAAGAAACCAUGUAAAAAUCUGAUGAACACACUGAAUAAUUUGCACCAGCAGCUGGCAAAAUUGCAGCAGAGACCAAGAGACGAUGGACUAAUGGACUUAGCAAUGAAUGACUAUGAUUUUAAUUCUGGAAAGAGGUUGCACAUGAUAGAUUUGGAAAUCCAAGAGGCAUUUUUGUGUUUCAUGGCCUCUAUUUUGAAAGGCUAUAGAUCAUACUUAAGACCAAUAACACAAGCCCCAUCUGAGACAGCCACAGAUGCGUCCUCUCUUUUUGCCUUGCAAGCUUUCUUAAGAAGCCGGGACCGAUCACAUCAAAAAUUCUAUAACAUGAUGACCAAAACACAAAUGUUCAUUCGCUUCAUCGAGGAAUGUUCUUUUGUCAGUGAUAAAGAUGCAAGCCUGGCAUUUUUUGAUGACUGUGUAGAUAAAGUGGAUAUGGACAAGAGUGGUGAAAUGCGACUUAUAGAACUGGAUGAAUCUUUCAAAAGUGAACAUACUGUUUUUGUAACACCACCUGAGAUCCCCCAUCUACCCAAUGGUGAAGAACCCCCUUUACAGUACAGCUAUAAUGGAUUUCCAGUUCUUAGAAACAAUUUAUUUGAGAGACCUGAAGGAUUUCUACAAACACGAAAGAACAAAUUGCCUUCAAAAUCAAGUAGCCCUAGUAGCCCUUCUCCCAUGUUCAGAAGAACAAAACAGGAAAUUAAAUCAGCCCAUAAAAUUGCCAAGAAGUAUUCUUCCAUUCCCCAAAUGUGGUCUAGGUGUCUAUUGCGUCACUGUUACGGACUAUGGUUUAUUUGUCUGCCAGCUUAUGUCAAAGUAUGUCAUUCAAAAGUCAGGGCCCUGAAAACAGCAUAUGAUGUGCUUAAAAAAAUGCAGUCAAAGAAGAUGGAUCCCCCUGAUGAGGUGUGCUACCGCAUUCUCAUGCAGCUCUGUGGACAGUAUGAUCAGCCCGUGCUUGCAGUUCGAGUGCUUUUCGAAAUGCAGAAAGCUGGUAUUGACCCCAAUGCCAUUACUUACGGUUAUUAUAAUAAGGCUGUUCUGGAAAGUACUUGGCCCUCAAGAAGUCGUAGUGGCUAUUUUCUUUGGACAAAAGUAAGAAACGUUGUUUUAGGAGUAGCACAGUUCAAAAGAGCUUUAAAGAAACACGCACACUUAUCACAAACAACUCUCUCAGCAGAUGGCAGUGACCUGGAUGCUAUUAGUCAUGGCAGCAUGGAUAGUGGUCAUGGGACACAAACUGUGGAGCAGGCACCUUUUAAUACGGGUUUAAUCAAAGUAUAUGCUACUGAUGAUAGAUCUAGUACAGGUGGCCAGUCUGAUCUUGGGUAUAAUUCAUUAUCUAAGGAUGAAGUUAGAAGAGGGGAUAUAUCUACUGAAGAAAUUCAAGAAGAAAAAGAUAAGAAAGGGAGUGAUUCUAGUUCCCUAUCAGAGAGCGAGAGUGCAAAAGGAAGUGCUGAUUGUCUUCCUGAGCUUAAUUAUCAAAGUUCUUCCAGUAUAGUUCGCCCCAGUGGCACCAGUAACAAUGGUGCUGAUAAAAUAUCAGAAGAAGGCUCUGAAAGCACAUCUGAGCUGCUCUUAAUGUCAUCCUUUGAGGGUCCAAAUGAAACAGGAAAGAGUCAAAGUAGAUGCUUCAGGAAAAGACAUAAAAGUGACAACGAAGCUGAUUUGCAGCAGCGACUCUCCUGGGGAAGCAGAGAGCGCAGUCUUAGCGGAGGAGUACUAGUGGGACUUGUGCUCAGUAGAGUCAACCAGGAAGCAAAUCCUGGAGACAUGGCCGAAAAACUAGGAGCUGACGCAAAAAUACUUUCAAAUGUGAUCUCAAAAAGCACAAGACCAACUAGUCUUGAUAUUGGAAAGCCACCUUUGAGAUCAAAAAGAGACAGUCUAGAAAAGGAAUCUAGUGAUGACGAUACACCUUUCGAUGGUUCCGAUUGUUUGGCAGAUAAAGUGGAUUCUCCUGUUAUUUUUGAUUUGGAGGACUUAGACAGCGAAACAGAUGGGUCAAAAGUGGGAUAUGUUGCUUCACAAAACCCCAAGAGGAUUCAGCGUCUCAGCAGCAGCUUUUCAGUAAAACCCUCUGAAAAAACGGAUGUCGCCACGGGAUUUGAUCCCCUCUCCCUUUUGGUUGCUGAGACUGAACAGCAGCAGAAAGGGGAGGAGGAGGAGGAGGAUGAUGACAGCAAAAGCGUUUCAACACCAUCCGCUAGGCGUGAUUUGGCUGAAGAAAUUGUGAUGUAUAUGAAUAACAUGAGCAGUCCGUUGACGAGCCGCACGCCAAGCAUUGAUUUACAACGGGCAUGUGAUGAUAAAUCAACUGGUAAGAAAAGUCCAACACUGGUCAAGGCGUGCAGAAGAUCCAGCUUGCCUCCUCAUUCUCCUAGGCCUAUGAGACUUACCAAAUCUAAAAGUUACACGAAAACUGAGGAGAGACCAAGGGACAGACUCUGGUCUUCUCCGGCCUUCUCACCUACUUGCCCAUUUAGGGAAGACUCUCAAGAUGCAUUAACCCAUUCGUCACCUUCAUUUAAUUUAGAUACACUGCUAGUACCUAAACUAGAUGUUCUGAGGAACAGUAUGUUUACUGCUGGGAAAGGAGUUGCAGAGAAAGCCAGCAAAUGGUAUUCAAGAUUCACCAUGUAUACCACUUCAUCUAAGGAUCAAAGUUCUGAUCGUACCAGUCUUUCUUCAGUGGGAGCCCAGGAUUCUGAAUCUACCUCUUUAACAGAUGAAGAUGUUUGCCAGGAGUUGGAAGGAGCCACUUCCUCCCAAGAGAGCAGUGCCACUUCAGGGACUAAGGGAAUUGAUUUCAGCAGAACAAGCCUGGAAAGUUCUGCCUCCUUAGAAGGAUCCCUGUCGAAGUUUGCCCUACCUGGGAAGUCAGAAGUGGCAUCUUCCUGCAACACAAGUAAUACAAAUAUCUUCCAGAACUAUGCAAUGGAGGUCCUUAUCUCAAGUUGCUCUCGGUGUAGAACUUGCGAUUGUCUUGUCCAUGAUGAGGAAAUCAUGGCUGGCUGGACAGCAGAUGAUUCAAAUCUCAAUACUACAUGCCCGUUUUGUGGCAAUCUUUUCUUGCCUUUUCUGAAUAUUGAAAUAAGAGAUUUAAGACGACCUGGAAGGUACUUUCUGAAGUCAAGCCCAUCUACAGAAAAUAUGCAUUUUCCAUCCUCCUUUUCAAGUCAGACAAGGCAGUCUUGUGUCUCAACAUCAGCCACUGGUCUUGACACAUCUGUUAUCUCUGUUCAAGGGAAUUUUGAUCUCAAUAGCAAAUCUAAACUGCUGGAAAAUACAUGUGCCCGAAGUAUUCAGAUCCCUGCUGAUAGAUCAAAAACAGCUGUGUCAAAAUGUCCACUAUUUCCAAUGGCCAGGAGUGUUAGUACUUAUGGCCCCUUGGAUAAGGAAGACCCUGGAGGGCAGAAACUCAUUUCUACAGGCAGCCUGCCAACUACUUUACAAGGAGCUACAGAUUCUUUAGGAUUAGAGUGGCAUCUCCCAAGUCCAGAUCCUAUCACUGUUCCCUAUCUUAGUCCUUUAGUGGUAUGGAAGGAACUCGAAAGCUUAUUGGAAAAUGAAGGUGAUCAUGCCAUAACAGUGGCAGACUUUGUGGACCAUCAUCCAAUUGUGUUUUGGAACCUGGUGUGGUAUUUUAGACGUCUUGACUUACCCAGUAAUUUACCUGGAUUGAUUCUUUCUUCUGAGCACUGUAACAAGUAUUCAAAGAUUCCUCGCCACUGUAUGUCUGAAGAUAGUAAAUAUGUUUUAAUACAGAUGUUAUGGGACAAUAUGAAAUUACAUCAGGAUCCGGGACAGCCCUUGUACAUCCUCUGGAAUGCCCACAGUCAAAAUCGUACUCUUUUAUUUGAGACCCAAAAGUAUCCAAUGGUCCAUUUAUUGCAAAAAGGUGAUAAUUCAUUUAACCAGGAACUAUUGAAAAAUAUGGUAAAAAGCAUUAAAAUGAAUGAUGUCUAUGGACCAAUGAGUCAGAUUUUAGAGACCCUGAAUAAAUGCCCUCAUUUUAAAAGACAGAGGAGUUUAUAUAGAGAAAUACUAUUUCUCUCGCUUGUGGCACUGGGAAGAGAAAACAUUGAUAUAGAUGCAUUUGAUAAAGAAUACAAGAUGGCAUACGACCGCCUCACACCUAGUCAAGUCAAGAGUACACACAACUGUGAUCGACCACCAAGUACAGGGGUGAUGGAAUGUCGAAAAACCUUUGGAGAACCUUAUCUUUAAGAUAUGCACGUGCGUGUAUACUUUCAAUAUGUAUUGUAUAGUCAGUGUAUAAAAUAAUAUUUGGAGAUUCUAAACUCUUUCUCUUCGAUUUUUGAAAAUGCAUUUGUAAAUGGUUCAGAAAGCCCAGAUAGCUCAUGUACAGAAUGUUCUAAGAAGGGAAGAGUGACAAGUGAAGAGAGAGCCAUUUUGUUUCUCAUCUCUUUGUUUUUUUUUUUUUUUCUUUACUUCUCCUGUAACCAGUAAUUAAGUAUUUUUGUGACAAGGAAAUCCCUAGACAAAAUUACUUCUCAAAAUAAGACACCUGUUUUGUGGUUUCUCUUGGAAGAAACAUGUUGAAAAAAUCAUGUAUGGAACUUAACCAAAUGUAAGAUCAAAGUAUUUCCUGUUUUCAUAGACUAUUCAAAUGUUUUGACCAUGAAGUUGUAUUAUACAUAUUUUAAAUUGUUUAUAGUAAGUUGAUAUUUUUUUAAUUUUUAAACUUAAUAUAGCAAACAAAAUGAACUGAAACUUACGAAGCAAGCAAUUAAGUGCUUAUUUUCCUUGUCUGCUGCUAUUUGAAGUAAUUAGUACAGCUGCAGAUCUCUAUAUGUAUAGCUAUCUAUAUCUAUCUAUCUAUCUAUAUAUAUAUAUAUAUAUAUAUAUAUUUUAUUACUUGGGAGAAUGAUUCAAAACUGUCAGCGCUAGUGUCAGUGUUGUGCUAGGAUUGCAUGUUAGUACCGCUAAGCCUGACUGCAGUGAGUGGAUGAAAGCCAGGGUGCGCACUGCCCAGACUGACUCAUUGAGCCUUGUCGAAGGAGAGCCGGGGAGGUUCCAAGUCUGCUUCUGCAAAAUCAGGUUCAGUAUACCAUGACUGAAAAUGUUCUCUAUUGCUAACAGAUACAGACAGUACACAGGGAUAGCUUACAAAGCCAAAAAUCAAUUUAGAUUUUAAUAUUCUAUACGAACACUUGUGUUGGGAAAUAUGUCAGACAACUUAUUCCAGAUUUUACCCUUAUUUUAAUAUCUAAAAUGUGGCAUAUGAUGCAGAUUGUAUCAUAUUUAUCUGGAAUAUGACCUAUUGGGAGUAUUCUGUUCAUAUUAUAUAUAUAUAUAAAUAAAUAUUCAAGAUAUUUUUUCAAAAAUAGAAAAAUAAUAACUCUCUAAAAGUACAGCCAGAUAGAAUUUCCCAUAUUGAGGAACUUGGCUUUUUCAAUAAGCCUUCAGAAUCUGAAGUUUAUGGAAUCUAAAAUCCAGAAAUAUCCAGAAAUCAGACAAUAAAUUGAACGUUUAAACACCAUGGGUAUUAGAAAGACUCUUAAAAAGUAUUUUUAGUCCCAUUAUUUCAAAUAUCGCUUUCUUUGGUAAUUUCUGAUAAAAAGUAUUCUUUGGCUAUUAGAGUUAUUUAUAGAUUUCCAGUAUGUGUGUGUGCGUGGUUGCACACAUUGUCAUGAAGGAAAGAAUUCUCUAGACAGUUUCAUAGGAGAAAAAUGUGGAUGGUUCCAAAUCUGGUGUGUAAGCCAGUAGAGCCCAGGACACUUGUCCUGGGGAUAUCUGAGACUUAGAAUCAGUUUAGCUGCGCAAAAACUACCUUGUGAGUUCACACCAUUAGUGAAUAGCAUCAAGCUGAAACAUUUCACAGCUUUCUACCCUGGGAAGUAAUGGGGAGAGUUUAAAAAAUGUGAAAUUUUAGUUCGAAUUAGUUUGGGACUGACCUUGCUUACUUGAAAAACCUGGUGCUAUGCACAUUUAUAUGCCUUUCCUUUGUAAAUACAACUCCAGUCUCCUUCACUCUUCGUAUCCGAGUUUCACAUCCUAAAGGAGUCUUUUGUUCCCUACAUCGCUUGAUAAUUGUCAAACGAGAGAAACAUUUGAUAGGUGAGUCUUUUGGCAUUGGCAGCAAAUAUCCCUCCAAAUAGGGUUCUGGGGUUCUAUUCUGUUUUUGUGUCCUGGGGUUUUGUUUCCCUUAUAAGAACAGCUUUCGCUGUUGUUUAACUUGUCUUUGACACAAACUAUAUGUAAGAAUUAUAGUUUAUUGAUUUCAAGUACCUAACCAGAAAAAAAAUGAGGUAAAGCCCAUUCAUUGUGGUUCAAACUCAUAUGGGGAAAGGUGAGUAUAGUUAUUAUCUCCUCCCAUACACACAGAGUUUUUGUUCUGUUUUUCAUUGGGUUUUAUUUCCUCUACUUUUAAUUCCCAGGGAAUAUUAUUUGUGCAAAUUUAGUCUUUAAAAAUAAAACCAAAAACAUGAGUAGAAAGUAGUAAACCCUGCUCAAAAGAAAAUUAAAAUCUAGAUCAUCCUUUAAAAUAACUCUAUAUAAACUUCUCUUCAAUUUUCUCUCUGUUGAAGAUACAUUUUGAAGAAUCAUGGCCAACCAAUCUUGUUGGAGAGAAAUACACUUUUGCUACAUUAUCUGUCUCUUGUUUUCUUACUCUUAGUUUUGUUUAUAUGUUUAAUAGUUGAAAAUAAACCCUGCUGUGUCCUGGUA